AUGGAUAGACAGGGUAUAGAUACAAUUUGUAAAACCGAUUCUUCAAGAUUAAUCACAUUACGAAAUAAUACAGAAACCUUAAGCAAGAUAUUCAUCUUAAUAUUAGUCUUCAACAAUUAAGGAUUUGAUGGUCGACCAGGAUUAGGGUUAUAAUCAAUUGAACAAUAAAUUCCUGAGAGUGGUGUUGAUGAUGAUAAUGAAUUAUAUGCUUCUGAAAAUUCAUCUAUUUCAAAUUAAAGUAGACAUCGAAGUAGAAAGGAAUCUAAAGUAGAAUCUCUAAAUAAAAUUAUAAAAGAAACACAAAAAAUUUAAUCUGAUGACCUACAUUAACCUAUUGGAGGUUGGGAUAAUAAAAUAUGGUAAAAAGGAGCUUUAAGAAUUAUGACUUACGUUAUUAGAUUUGUAAUGGCAUUAUUAAUCAACUCUGAGAAGUUCAAAUUUACUUUUAUGAAAAAAAGACAAUUUUAUGCUAUAAAUGAUUAAUCAGCUAUAUUUGACUAUUAUGAAGAAAGGUUUUUAAUAAGAGGCCAAAAGAAACUUAGCUAUUCAGUAAUUAUAUAAAAUUUAUAAAGUAAAUUCUUAAAUUAAGAAUUCAAAAUAAUUGCAUAUAUUAAUCCUGCCAUAUAUUUUUAUAAUAUGUAGCCUACAAAUUCGUAUUUAUUAUAACUCCAACAAGUACUCCUAAAUUAAUUUGGGAUGUAUUUCUAUUGAUAAUUUUAUCAAUUCAAAUGGUAUUUGUACCAUUAAAAAUUUGCUUUUAAAUUGAAAUUACUUAAGAAGUAUUACAAUUUUUUUUAUUAACUUUACCACUUUAUGUAUUUCUGAUAGAAAUAAUAUUGAAUUUUUUAACAGGAUUUUAUGAACAUGGAGUAUUAGUUAUAGAUUAGAAACAAAUUGCUUUACAUUAUUUAAAAUCUACAUUUUGUUAUGAUUUUUUGAGUGUAAUGCCAUAAUUUAUAAGUGCAAUAAGUGAUGAAUCCUAAAUAUUUGAAAUUCUAUUAUUGAUACGUUUGAAAAGAUUAAUAUUGUUAGCAGAUACAUUAGAAGAAAUGUUGAAUUUAAGAUAGCACUAUUAAACAUUAUUAGAUGUUGUUCGUUUGUUGAUUUAAUUUUUAUUUUUAUCUCAUUUGUUUGGAUGUGUGUGGCAUUAUAUAGGAGUAUUGGAAGAAGAAUUUGGGUAUUUUUGUUUUAUAUAUAUUGAUUUAAGAUACGAUUAGAAUUGGAUCAAGCAAAAAAAUAUUGAUGGAGAAUCCUGGUAUUUUCGAUAUGUAUUUUCAAUAUAUUGGAGUUCCAUUACUACAUUAACUAUUGGAUAUGGUGAUGUUAUACCAGUUAGUUCUGUAGAAAGAAUGUUUGUUGUAAUUGUAGCUGUUGUAAGUAGUGUUGUGUUCGCAUAUACAAUUUCAAGUAUUGGAAAUAUUUUUAGUUAAUUAAAUGAAAAUAAAAAGAAUUAAAGACAUAAAAUGUUUUUAAUCAAAAAAUUUAUUGAUGAAAGAAAUGUUAAUAAAGUUUUAGCAAAUAAAGUCAAAAAGUUUUUUGAGUAUUUUAUAUAAAUUGAUCAUACUUCAGAUAAUGAAUGUGUUAAAAUGAUUGAAAAAUUAGAUCCCUCAUUGAAAACAGAAUUAAAGAUUGAUAUUUACAGAAAAUUUAUUUCUAAUUCUAAAUUAAUAUCAACAACUUUCUCUGAUUUAUUAUUAAAUGAAAUAUGCUAAUUAGUGAAAGAAAAAUAAUAUAUGCCAGAUGAAUUUAUUGUUAUUUCAGAUUAGGAAAUAAAUGAAUUGUAUUUUGUUUUAGAAGGAGAAAUUUCAUUAAUUGUAGAAUUAAAUAAAUGUAUAAAGAUUAUUCAUAUUUCUAGAAAAGAACAAAGUCUCAUAAUUAUCUUUAAUUAAGAAAAAUGAAGUUUUAGGAGAAAAAUAUUUUCUUACUAAUGCGAAAUUACCUUUUUCAGCCAAAGCUUAGAGUUUCGUUAGAGUGGCUGUUUUAGAUAAAAAAUAGUUUCAUCUCUUACUCUAAAAAUAUCCAGAAGAAUUAGAAAAAUAUAAUUAAGCAUUAAAUAAAGUUCAAUUGUAAGAAAGAAUAAAACUAUCUGGUUGUGAAUUAUGCUAUUAAAAUCAUAAGGUCUUAGAAUGUCCUUUUGUAUUUUAUUAGCCAAAUGUUCGAUAUAUUGUUAAAAGAUAAUAUGCAUUAGAAUAAAAAAGAAAAUUGUUUGUUAGAAGACAGGCUAAAUCACAUGUAAUAAUUGAUUUUUGUUAAAUAGGUAGAAUUCUAAAAGUGAUCGACUUGGCAUCUAAUAUCGUUUAGUAACGUAUGCUUUAGAGAAUAAUUUAAUUCAAGAGGAAUCUAUAAAUGAUUCGAUUAUUAAGAAAAUGGAUUUAUAAUGUUUAGAACAUCAGAAAAAUCUAUUUAGAUAAUGUACAGAUUCUUCGAUAAAUACUUUGAUUAAAAAUAGUAUUAAUCCUAACUUAUAGAGUGGAGGUAAGGAAAGUCCACAUGAGAGUUAAGAUUAAAUACUGAGAUAAAAUUCGAAUAAUACUCAUAAUCCUAGACCUAGUUUUACAGGUAUUGGAAAUACUUAAUAAAUGUCAACAUUGAAAUUAAUUAAAUUAAAUAGUAAAAAAUUAGAUAAGUAGGAAAUAUUUGAAAAAAUUGAAUUAAAAGUACCUGAAAAAAUAGUUUUGUAAGAAAUUGGCGAGCAUUCUUCAGACUCUGAUUAAUAAUCACCUGAUAAAAAUAAAUUAACAAGAUAAAACAGUUUUACAUUUUGUGCUUCGUCAGAUUUCAAAACAUAAUUAAAAGUUGAGUAUUAUUCAAAAUUAAUCAUAAAUGAACUAGAUGGAUUAGAUAAAUACUAAGAAUAUUAAUUCUAUUAUCCUUAAUAUAAUGUUGAAAAAGUUAUUGAGAUUGUUAACGAGAAAUAUAAACAAAAAAGACUCAAAGAAUCUAAAAGAUUGAUUAAAAGAUAAAGUAGAUAUUUAACAUCUUAUCCAACUAUUUCAAUCAGAAGGAAAAGAAGUGGGAUUAUGGGAGAGGAAAUUAUUCAUGAGAAUUGA